AUGAAGAUGAAGAUUUUACUCAUUUCUGAUGUAAUUAAAAGGCAUCAUGAUAUAAAGGAGGUUUCUAAAGCUUCUCAAGAAAAUCAGAUGUCUGAAUGUACUCAAGCAGGUAAGUUGAAUAUAAAUGAAGUCUCUAAUGAGGAAGUUCAAGGUAAGAUUAGAAAGUAUUCAAUUAGCCUGGAGAAUAAAGAUGAAAGGGUUAUUGGUUGCUUUCCAAGUAAGACUGGUUCCAUGGAUCAGGAGGCUUCUGCUCAAGAUCUAAUUCUGAAAGAUAAUUCUAAUGUAGUAUCUACCCAGAAGAAACCUUCUCCUCAUAAAGAAUUACAUGAUCUGGUGUCACAUAAUCUGAAGGAUUUGGAGAAUAAAUGUUGCUUUACUGAAUGGCAAGAUGUGAUCAGUACAUAUGGUAAGCAAGCUGAGAGUAAUCUAAUAUUGGAGGAAUGUUCUUCACAUGAGACUAAAAGUAGUAAGAAAGGGAGGAAAGGCAAUCCUAAUGCUGAAUUGGUGGUUAGUAGAUCAGCUUCUAAAAGAAACACAGGUCAUUCAUGGAGCCUUUUCAAGAUUCUAGACACAUUGACAGAUAUAAAAGAAGAUUGGGUAUGCAGGUGGCUGGCUUUAACUGCAAUGGUUACUCUCAAGCUUACUUUCCUAGACAGUGGCAAAAUGUUAGUCACUCCCUUAGUUUAUGCAAAGUGUGAUGCUGUGGAUAGAUUGGAACUGUGGGAUAAUAUCUAUUCUUUAUCAAGCAACAUGAAUUUUCCAUGGUUGGUAGGUAGAGAUUUCAAUGUCAUUUUACAUGAAGAAGAGAAGAUAGGUGGGUUGCCUGUUCACCAAACUAAGGUUGAGGAUUUUGCAUUUUGCAAAAACUCUUGUGACUUGCAGGAUAUUGACUUUAGGGGCAGUCCUUUCACUUGGUGGAAUGGUAGAGCUGGGGAAGAUUGCAUAUUCAAAAGACUGGACAGUAUCUUAGUCAAUAAUCAGUUGCAAGAAUGGCUUGGUAAUCUACAAAUGGAGCAUUUAUCCAGAACUGGAUCAGAUCAUGCACCUCUUUUGCUUACAACAGGAGAACAAGUUCAACAAUUCUCCAAGCCUUUUAUAUUUCUAAAAUUUUGGGUAGAUCAUGAGUCUUUCUUGCAUACAGUGGAACAACAUUGGAGUACUGAGUUUGUUGGAGAUGCUUUUAUUACUUUCAAGUUUAAAAUGAAGAAAUUGAAAGCUGCUCAAUCUGUAUGGAGUAAAGAGACUUUUGGUGAUAUCUUUAAGCAACUAACUAUUAGAGAGGAUAUUGUUAAGAUCAAAGAGCAGUUGUUUGAAGAGGAUCCCUCUGAAGUUAAUAGAAUGGUUUUGCAACAAGCUCAAGCUGAAUUCAAAAGAUAUAUGCAUUUUAAAGAAGACUUUUGGAAACAAAAGGCUGGUGUUAAAUGGCAAUCAGAAGGAGAUAAAAAUACAAGGUUUUUUCACAGCUUGGUAAAUGGAAGGAGGAAUAGAAUGCAACUUAAUAGAAUACAAAAUGAUGAAGGUGCAUGGUUGGAAGAUAGGGAUCAGAUUUCAACAGUAGCUGUAUACUUCUAUCAGCAACAAUUCUCUUCUACGCCAACAUCAUCAGACUAUAGCAUCUUAGAGCAUGUGCAGGAAGCUAUUACUCAGGAUCAAAAUGAUUUAUUAUGCUCUAUGCCAUCUUUGGAGGAAGUGCAUAAAGCUGUAUUUGAGUUAGCAGGUGAUAGUGCAUGUGGCCCUGAUGGUUUAUCAGGAAUCUUCUAUCAGAAAUGUUGGGAUAUUGUUGGGGUAGAUGUAUACAAUGUAGUUAAGGCUUUCUUUGAUGGUCAAACUCUUCCAAAAUCUGUCACUCAUACUAAUUUGGUUUUACUACCAAAGAAGGAAAUUAUCAACAAUUUUUCUGAUCUCAGGCCUAUCGGUUUAAGUAACUUCAUCAACAAGAUCAUUACUAGAGUUAUUCAUGAAAGUUUGGAAUCUAUUCUGCCUUGCUUAAUUUCUCAAAACCAAUCUGGUUUUGUAAAAGGAAGGAAUAUUAUAGAAAAUGUGUUACUUACUCAAGAGGUUGUUGCCGAUAUUAGAAAGAGGGGAAGGCCAGCAAAUGUGAUCAUCAAACUAGACAUGGAAAAGGCAUAUGAUAGGGUCUCUUGGAAGUAUUUAAUUCAGGUGAUGAAGAGGAUGGGAUUUUCAGAGGUAUUUGUGGAUAUGAUUUGGAGAAUACUUGCUAAUAACUGGUAUUCAAACCUCAUUAAUGGACAGGCUACUGGUUUCUUUCAUUUUACAAAGGGAGUAAAUCAAGGUGAUCCUUUAUCACAUGCAUUAUUCAUCUUGGCUGCUGAAGUAUUAUCAAGAGCUUUAAAUAGCUUGUUUGAUUAA